AUGCAUUCAAAAGAAGCUUUGGCUCUUGAGAACGGUGCCAAGUAUAGAGGAGAGCAACUUACCAAUGGAGGGUCGUUCAAAAUAGAGAUGAAUGUUGAUAUCAUUGACACGAGACAAGAGUUCAUCUGUGGAACAUUUGAGAUACAUAACCUUACUGAUAGAUAUGAGCUUCUUACAACGUAUUUUGAAGGGGAAAUAGUCGGGAAUAUCUAUCCGUUUACGACAGAAGAGUACUCGAUGGCAAACCCAGACAUAAUACAUUGGAAACUUUUUCCAGAGUGGAAAGGAGAAUAUGUCUAUAGAAAGGGGUCGUAUGAUAUCAGAAAGAGCAACUUUAUGUACAUCAAAAUCAAAGAGCUGUUUUUGUUGCCGGAUCCUCGGCUUAAAACCAUACCGGGGGCAUCGAUCGAUGGGCACUACUAUUGCUGCUACUACAAGAAUCUUGAUUGCUUUGCAGGGCACUAUUAUUACAAAAAUACGUCGAAUCUAAUAUCCCAGCAGGUACUUUUGGACAGGGUAUUUCCAAGAAAAUCAAGAAGCAAGUCAUUUAGCAAAUGA